AUCGAUUCUGAGACAUGUGACAUGUAGUAUUUUCAUAUUUUUGUAUACACUUUCAUAUUAAUUAGAAAUUCCUGUUCUUUUUAAAAGAUUUCUCACCAGCUCUGUUAAAUGUCAGCACUACACUGAGCUUAUACCAAGCUUUUUAUUUUCAAAGCCUUUAACAUUGAAUUCAGCUCGUGAAAUGCUAAUUUUGCUUUUUGCAACCCGCGGGAAACAACUUUGAAGAUGACUACCACAAAAAGUAAAAUCCUUUGAUAUGUUAGCGAAAGUGAAUAAACAUAUUUGUCUUCGAAAAAUCUAUUUUAUAAUAUAAGUGAAAUUUUAUCACCAAAGCACACCCUAAUUGUUCUGUAUAAAGUCGUUGAAUCAAAUGUCAAUCACUCUAGAAUAAUUGUCUUAGUAUUUCAACUAGAAAAGGUAUGAACAAAACAUUGACAAAUACUGUAAACUUGUCAUAGGUAGCUAUGUAGAAAUUGCUCUGGUUGAUAAAAUUCUAAUGGUCCUUCUCUUAUUUCAGUUCAUGUGACAAAACAAGCUAUCCAUUGUACCAUUAUUAAAUGCUGUGAAACAUAUUUUCAAUCACCCAAAAUACAGUAUUUUUCAGCUGUUUGAAGCUGAUCUACAAAACCGAAAGUUAAAAGACCCAAAAAUGAAACUUAUGAACGGGAAGCAUAGAAACGGUCGUACAUAGAAUGCAUCUAUCGCUCAGACAUGCUUUCAAUGAGAGUGACAGAUCUACAACUCACAUUUCUAUGUGAAUUCGGUUGCGUCGCCCAAAAACAGACAUACUUGCGCCGAGAUUACGCAUUUUAUUAAUUGAGCCUUUUCAGUCUUGUUUGUGUUUGUGCCCAUUGUUGUACUUUGUAUCAUAGCAUCAUAAGUGGCUGCCAAUCCUGAUUACCAAGCAAUUGAUUUGCCUAGAGAUAAAGAAAAUAGAGGUUCUGUCCCAGGGGAAACGGAUACAUUGCUGCCAACCCAAGUAACUGAUAACAUGAGCUCGGAUGAAACGAGCAGGAACAGUGAUCGGUCCAUGUGUCAACCAAUAACGUUCAACCGUACCUCUGUGAAAUGGAGCCAGCAGGUGGAGACAGAGUACUCACUGUAUACAGUCGCCUCAGCAGACAGUCAGAUUGAUUUAUAUGGAUCUGGUCUUCAUAUAAAUCAGAGCCCUACGGUUGAGAACUCUCUGCCUGCUUUAGGCCAGAUGCAGGACAGCAGAAUAGUACAUGGUACCAGACUGGACUGUACCAUAUGUGUGCAGCACAGUGACGAAGCUGUGAAGUUCUGCCAGGACUGCAAGGCUACUUUCUGUGAGAACCAUGUUCGAGACCACUACCAGGCCCCAGGACUGAUGAAACACACAUUGGUGGAGGCCACAGAAGGAAGGAAAACCAUUCCAAAUGUAGACAAUCACGUCCAUGAAACAUAUGUUGAAACAGAACAAACUGCGACUCAGGUCUGCUCAUGGAAAACAUCCUUCUUCAUCAGUCUUCUGGGGAUUCUCAUACUGGUACUUGCCCUGGUAGGACUUGUAUGUUAUACACGAUUCUGUGUCACUGUACACGGGUCUGAGGUGGGAUUUCAGCAACGGAUUGUUCUGCUGGGGAAGUCUGGAUCAGAGAAGAGAGCAUCAGCAAACACCAUCCUGGGAAGAGAGGCCUUUAGAGUGGAGGCUUCGCCUUCGUAUGGGCCACAGUGUGAGGAACAAGAUGCUGUUGUGGGCCGAAAUAACAUAACUAUGAUUAACACCCCAGAUGUGUUGCCAUCUGAGGAAGUUGCAGGUAAAGUAGCUCAAUGCAUCAACAUCUCAACACCUCACGUGUUCCUGCUGGUGAUCAGGUUGUGCAACUGGUGCACAGAAGAGGAAAAGAAAACUGUCAAAUGGAUGAAUGAGAACUUUGCGGAGGAGGCCCUUAAAUAUACCAUGGUGCUGUUCACUGGUGGAGACCAGCUAGAAGGGAAACCAGUGGAGGAGUAUCUAAAGGACAACAGUGAUUCCCUAAAGCUUCUCAGUAUGUGUGGUGGUAGACAUCACGUCUUCAAUAACAAAGAAAAGGAUGACCUCACUCAGGUCACAGAGCUGCUGGAGAAGAUAGACGGAUUAUUGAAUGAGAAUAGGGGAUACUAUCAUGUGACAAACAUCUUGACCCGGAGGGAAGAGGAGAUCAGGAGGAGGGAGGAGGCUCUGAGAAAGAUACUGGAACAGGAGGUUAGAAAGAGGGAUGCAGCCAUAGAAACGAUAAGAGAGGAGGAGGAGAAAAAGAGGGAUGCAGCCAUAGCAACGAUAAGAGAGGAGGAGGAGAAAAGGAGGGAGACUGAAGAGAGAAAAGUCUGUGAGGGGGAAGAUGAAGGGAGGAAGGUCAUUGAUAAUCUGGCAUUGAAAGUCUCAGGCUCAAAAAUGUAUGUAGGAGUAACAGUGAUCACAAUGAUCAUACUGAUUGUCCUUUAAUGAUCCUAAACUGAAUAUUAGGGAGUCUCUUCAUUUGAUAUUCACAAUCAUCAUCUGAACAUUAGGGAGUCUCUUCAUUCAUCAUCUGAACAUUAGGGAGUCUCUUCAUUCAUCAUCUGAACAUUAGGGAGUCUCUUCAUUCAUCAUCUGAACAUUAGGGAGUCUCUUCAUUCAUCAUCUGAACAUUAGAGAGUCUCUUCAUUCAUCA